AUGGGAAUCAAUGCUGAUCUGAAGGAGAAGGUCUCCGCAGAGUCUCCCGCCACCACUGAUCAGAAUGGCAGUCACACGGUCACUUCCUCCCUGUCGGAUGACGAACCCCCAGAGCCGACCUUCGAUACCGGCUUGAUAUCAUGGAUUCAAGUGAUAGGAUCUUGGCUCUUGUUCUUCAACUCAUGGGGAGUGAUUAAUACCUGGGGCGCAUAUCAGACAUACUAUGAAGAGAAUACAUUAAAGCACAUGUCCUCCUCGUCGAUCGCCUGGAUUGGCUCGCUGCAAGCUUUCCUUCUGAUGCUUUUUGGGGUGGUGACGGGCCCUCUCUUUGAUGCGGGAUAUUUUCGUGCGCUUCUUGGGUUCGGGACCAUUAUGCUGCCCUUCAGUCUCAUGAUGACCAGUCUGUCGACCAAGUUUUGGCAAUUGAUUCUGUGCCAGGGGGUCCUACUCGGUCUAUCCGCCGGAUGUCUCUUCGUUCCGUCUGUCGCCAUCCUACCCCAAUAUUUCAAACAGAAGCGAGGAUUAGCCAACGGUCUGGCAGCCUCAGGGAGUAGCAUUGGUGGCGUGAUCUAUCCCAUCAUGUUCAAUAAAAUACAAGAGCGAGCUGGCUUCGAAUGGGCUACCCGAGCCGUGGGCUUUCUGUCUUUCGGGACCUGUUGCAUCUCGUUCUGCAUCAUGCGCAUGCGAUUCCCUCCCAAGGAAAAGCGCAAGCUCGUCCAGCUGUCUGCGUUCAAGGAGCCAGUCUUCACCAUGUUCUGCGUCGGAUUGUUCUUGGGUUUUCUCGGAUUCUACAACUUCCUUUUCUACAUCCAGUCGUAUGCCAUCGAAACGAAGAUCGUCGAUGCCAACCUGGGCUUCUACUUGCUUUCCAUGCUGAAUGCGGGCUCGACCUUUGGCCGAAUCUUCCCCAACUUCCUUGCCGAUCAUAUUGGCCCCAUGAACGUACUUCUGCCUGCUGCCACUGCGACGAGCAUCCUGGCUUUCGCAUGGAUCGGGGUCCACAACGUUCCCGGUAUCAUCAUUCUGUCUGUCUUGUACGGUCUCUGUUCCGGUGGCUUCGUCUCUCUCCCGCCCGUGGUCAUGGCUUCCAUAACCAAGGACAUUCGCGACUUGGGUACUCGUCUCGGUAUGCUGUUCGCCGUGACUUCGGUCGGUCUGUUGAUUGGAACUCCAAUUGGCGGCGCUAUUCUCAGCAACACUGGGCAUUACUUGGGGGUGCAGCUCUUUACUGGGUGUUGUCUCAUUACCUCCUCGGUCAUCUUUGCGGCCCUGCGAUACUCUCGCACCGGUCCUCAUCUACUGGUACGAGCUUGA